AGAAGAGCGUUUCCUGUUUCCAGCUCCUGAUCCCGAUAGCAUCAUCAGCCAGCGGGUCUUGCUCCAAGGCUGGGGCUUUACAUCCACUCCAUCUCCUUCCUGGGGCUCACAAUCAGACGACUCCCUUCCUUCUACCUCCUUACACAUUACCCUCUUUCGGCACAGGGCCCACUGUUCCUGAUGAUGCUAAUAUCUGAGGAUGUAGCUGUGUACCUCUUCUGGAAGUUAUGGCAACAGCGGAUCACUAUUUAAAGAAAACUCUACAGGGAUGUUAUGCAGGAGAAUUAGUAAAAUCUGCUGUGUUUGGGUGAGGUGGUAUCUUCCUCUGAUAUCUCUCUUUCCAAACCAGACUUCAUCACUCAGAUGGAGAAAGGCAAAGGAACAUGGAAUUUGGAAGGUGCCAAAAAAACAAAAGAUCCCAAGGGACUCCCCAGCUGGAACAGAACUUGGGAGACCAGCUGAAGACUGGAGAAAAAUGAGGAGGGUUAUCAGCUGAAAUGUCUCAUGUAUGAGUACUCUCAAGGGAUGUGCACAGGAAGGUCCUAAGAGGAGAAGACAGUUCCUGGAUUACUGGAAGUACCCAUGUGAGUCAGUGUACUUCAGAAAAGCAGCAGGGGAAAGUCUUAGGGAGCAGGCAGAAAAAAAUCCAUCCCCAAGAUAAGGGAUCUGGGGAACCUCAUUGUAAUCUGCCCUAAAACUAGACCAAGUUUUAAGAAAGCCUCUAUCUUUGGUGAAUGUGGGAAAUCUUCAGUCAGCAUUCCAAUCCUAAAAAGUAUCCCAAAAUCCAUUCAGGAGAGAAUGCUGCAAGUGUGUGGAUUGUGAAAAAGGGUUCAUUUACAGCUACUUGUACAGUCAACAUCUUAGAAUCCCUGCCAAGAAGGGGGGAAAAACCCAAAACCUAUAAAAUCCCUGAGAGUGGGAGAACCUUUAGUGAGAACUCCAACAUCAAAAAUUCCAAAGUGGGAGAGAAACCCUACUUUUUAUCUUGCACUGAGUGUGGAGAUCAGUUCAAUGUGAAAUCAUCCCUCCUUACCCACACAGGAGAGAUACCCUAUAAAUGUCCCCAGCGUGGGAAAAUCUUUAUUCACCAUACAACACUUAUUAAAUGUCAAAGGACCCACACUGGAGAAAAACCAUAUACAGUCAGUUCUGCUAUAAAUCUUGUUUUGAAAAUGGUUCCAAUAUGAUCCACAUGUUAGGCAACAGUUUGAGCAUAAUGCUAAUUUUAGUUUGCUUAUGCGCAAUUUCAUCCACAAGAAACAGCUAGAAUGCAGAAAACUGCAGCUGAAGUGAGCCGUGGAGGAACAAAACAAACAGCUUAAGUAUCUACCAGCUACUUCAGUUCACCGUGUGUGAGCCUAUAAGGUUGUGUUUUGCUAUAUAUUUUUUCAUUUGUGAACUUUUCUAUACAUAUAUAUAUAUUUAAAAAAAACACUCAUUCUACAUCCCAAUCAUGUCUAAGCGUCCUGGCUCAAAACCAUCAAGCCAUGGAUGCAAAAGAAAAACUUUCAGCAUUGAGGAGAAGCUUGAAAUUAUAAAGCGUUUUGAAAGAAAUGAAAGAACAUGUGAUAUCGCCAGAGCUACAGGCAUAAAGGAAUCUACAUUGCGGGCCAUCAGAGACAACGCUGUGAGGAUAAAGGAAACGUCCAUGACUGGAAUAACUACUAUCUCUGCAAAGUCAGUAAGAAUAAGACCUAAAGAAAUCGCAGAAAUGGAAAGAUUGUUGAGCAUAUGGAUCGAAGGGAAAAAAUCGAGAACAACCUUUCUCACAAUCAAAGGGAAAGCGCUUUCUAUAUAUGCAGACCUUAAGCGGAAAUCGCCAAAUCCUGCAGAAGUGGCUCCUUUUAGGGCUAGCUGUGGCUGGUUCAGUGGUUUCAAACACCGCUACAAUUUCCAAAACCUUCAGCUGUCUAGUGAAGCCUCUAGUGCAGAGCAAAAGACAGCCAAAGAAUUUCCAGCAGUGAUACAGAAAUUAAUUAAAGAAGAAGGCUAUACGUUGGAUCAGAUUUUCAAUUUUGACGAAACAUUUAUCUAUUAUAAACGCAUGCUUCGUAGGACCUACAACUCAAAGGCGGAAAAACACGCACUAGGAUGUAAGGCUUCAAAAGACCGUUUAACUGUGAUGUUCGGGGCCAACGCCAGUGGAGACCUGAAGCUAAAGCCAGUGGUGGUUUAUCGCUCUGACAACCCACGAGCCUUGAAAGGCAUUGUUAAAGCCAGCCUUGGUGUUCAUUAUAGAUAUAGCAAGAAAGGGCGGAUGACUGCCCAAAUCUGCAUUGAUAUUUUUGCUGAAUUCUUCCCUGUCAUAGAGUAUUAUUGCAAGAAAAAGAACUUGGCUUUUAAAAUUCUGAUAAUUAUCGACAAUGCACCAAGCCAUCCCCCGACAGUAGCUGAACUCAAUCCGAAAGUCAAAUUCGUCUUUUUGCCUCAAGAAACCACUUCUCUUAUACAGCCCUUGGAUCAAGGUGUGAUUGCCCUGUUUAAGGCUUAUUAUCUAAAAAGAACAUUUAAGAUGUUGAUUGCAGCUACGGGAGGUGAGAACGCAGAAAAUGCUAUAGAAUUUUGGAAGAGAGUUAACAUCAAAAUGGCCAUUGAUAUAAUUGUUGAAGCCUGGAAUGACAUCACCAAAGAGUGUUUGCAUCGUGCGUGGAAGAAAAUGCUCCCUAACUUGAUUCGUGAUUUUAAAGAAUUUGAACCUUCAAAGCAAUUUAAAAAAAUCAAAGCAAGCUGUGUUGAUCUAGCAAAACAAGUUGGAUUUGAGGAGGUCGAAGAUGAAGAUAUAGAAGAGCUUCUGGAGCCUCACUCGAAUGAUGUGACCACAGAAGGCUUACAACAACUUGCUGAUGGCCAAGUGGAGGCAGAAGAUGAAGAAGAGGACGAUGAUGAUAACGAAAGCCAGAAGGCUACACCACGACAGCUUGAUACAUCACAGUUAUCAGGUGUUUUAAGUGUUAUCGAAAAGCAACUGCAGUGGCUCGAAGAUAAUGACUAUAAUGCUGAACGCAGCAGAAUAGUGGUUCAUGGCAUCCGCACCAAUCUCGAGCCAUACAGGCAGCUGCUGUAUGAAAGGAGGAGGCUAGCCAAGCAGCAGAAAUUGGAUAUAUAUUUUAAGCUCGUACAGAAGAGACACCUAGAGGACAGUGAGCCACACCCAUCCACAUCUGGCGUUACAGCUUCUAGUCCAGUUUCAGAUAAAUCCCCUUCCACCACUUCACAAGAUGCAACCCUUUGAAAGCCCACUUCUGCAUGAAAACUUCAUAUCUUUGUCAAGGUAAAGUCCCAUAUUUAUCGCAUUUCUUCUGAUGCAGAACUGUGGGAAGAGAAGGGCUGGUCCAAACCCAGGUAUUACAGCCACUCAACUCUGGCCCCUAUGGAAAAUGGAGUACAGGAUUAGCAGUAACCCAAGGCUGAGGAGCCCACCAUUAUCUAUUGCAGUAUUUGUGUAUUUCUUAACCACUUGACGUAUAAAAACCGUGCCAACAUUUUAAAUAACUUCCGGUCCUUUUAUGUCACUGAUGAAAUUCUUUUAGUGUUGUACCCCAACCCCAUUUUCCCCAUGGCCCUGUGGCUUUUAUUACACAAGUUUGCAUAGUAUGGUUAUUUUUAAGAAUGAAUAUAUUGCAUUAUAGCAGAACCGACAGUACAUGUCUGCCUGAGAGAUAAGGUUCAUUCAUUGGUUAGAUUUCAUCAAACAUCAGAGAAGCUACACUGGGAAGAAACCCUAUUAGUAUACUCAGUAUCAUAAAACCCCAGCCUCAACUCCAAGCUCCUAAGGCACCAGAGACUUCAAACAGCUAAGAAAACUUAUAAAUGUUCUGAAUAUGAGGAUAGCUUUGGCCAGAGAGUUGAAAUUGCAGAUAACAAGACA